AUGGUCAUGUUUGCAGUAGCACCAGAGGGCUUGACAUCUCCGCGCCCAAACACACCUCGAACUCCAACUCCAACGCCAUUAACCACUCUUGGCAAUCUCUGCGUCGAUAUCGUCCUCAAUGUUCCCAAAUUGCCCCCGCCCGAUGUCCACGACCGCAAAGCUUACAUGGACCGCUUAUCUGCCUCGCCGCCCGAUAAGCAAUACUGGGAAGCUGGUGGAAACUGCAAUAUGGCUAUAGCAGCUGCGAGACUGGGACUUCAUUGUAUUGCAAUUGGCCAUGUGGGUAACGAAGUAUAUGGGCAGUUCCUUGUAGAUGUUCUUCAUGACGAAGGAAUUGGUAUGGUUGGCAUGUGUGAAAAUACCAACGUUGAGAGUGCAAGUGCUUCUUAUGAAACACUCUUAUGCUGGGUUCUAGUGGAUUCAUUGCAAAGACAUGGUUUUUGCAGUCGGGCUGAUUUCAGUAAGGAUCCUGCAUUCAGUUGGAUGAGCAAGUUAUCUGAGCAAGUCAAGACAGCUAUAAAACAGUCAAAGAUUCUAUUCUGUAAUGGUUAUGGCUUUGAUGAACUCCCUCCUGGUGUAAUAGUCUCAGCUGUAGAGUAUGCCGUUGAAGUUGGAACAGCACUUUUUUUCGACCCUGGACCGCGCGGAAAGAGCCUUUCUGCUGGUACACCUGAAGAACGAGGAGCACUUAGCCAGUUGUUGAGGAUGAGUGAUGUUCUUCUUCUAACUUCUGAUGAGGCUGAGUCAUUGACUGGCAUUGAAAACCCAAUAUCAGCAGGGCAGGAAUUGCUCAAGCAAGGGGUGCACACAAAAUGGGUGAUUGUCAAAAUGGGUCCAAGGGGAUCAAUUCUAAUAACUAGGUCAAGUAUCUCUUGCGCACCAGCUUUCAAGGUAAAUGUCAUAGACACUGUUGGAUGCGGAGAUAGUUUUGUAGCUGCUAUUGCAUAUGGUUUCAUCCACAAUAUGCCAGCAGUUAAUACACUAGCAAUUGCAAAUGCAGUGGGUGGUGCAACUGCCAUGGGUUGUGGUGCUGGUAGGAAUGUGGCAACCUUGGAGAAAGUAAUAGAACUUAUGAAGGCAUCAAAUCUCAAUGAGGAUGACGAAUUUUUGGAUGAAUUACUCGAUGAAAAUUUAGAUGUCCAGGCAAUUAAGUCUCUCUCAAAAUUGGUCAUAAACGGAAGUGAAAACCAGCCAAAUUGUGUAUCCUUGCAGAAGGUGGUGUCAGAAUUGCUUCCUAAGCUCAAAUUGACACAGUUACAGAAAAAAGUGCCAUGCUGACAUAUUAUAACAGCAGUAGGUUUUAGCAAUUAAUUCUGUUCUGUUGGAGCCAUCUCAUUCUCUGGAUUUGUUUAGACCUUUGCAGUUCUACUAACACAAAACGAGGCCCGGGUUAAGUUAACUGUAACUAUAAUGGCUUCGUUGCAAAUGGGUUCAGAAUGAAAUACUUUCCGGGGAAAACAUCAGUUGAGCAGGCAUUAAAACUUUGCUUUCCAGGUCUCUUUCUGCAAGCAGAUUUUUUACCCUCCUGCGCGCAAGAUGCUCGAUUCUUUGCACCUUUUCAAUACAUUGCUUAUUGAGCAGGUGAGGUGCCUUUGUUAUCCUUUUCGUUUGCAUGGAUGUGGGGAGGUGAUUUUUUUACCUGAUAUGAUAUGUCGUGUAAAAGAAUAGCAAAGGAUCUUAUAUGUACUGAAUUUGUAAUUUUAUUUUUGAAAAUGCAAAAAUCAUAGAUUUUAUUCAUUGGACAUUCGCAGCAGCCAUGCAUGCAUAUUUUUAUUUUUGAAGUUUGGGGAAAAAGAAGAAGAAGAAAGAGAUAAACAGAUUGAUGAGAUAUCAAAGAGCUAUUUUUAUGCCAACUGGUCCAGUGGAAAAGGGUCUUGACUUACAGACCAGAUGUCUCAAGUUCGGAUUGAAGUUGUCCUCUAUAGUAGUUUAGACUAUCGUUUCCUCUCUAGUAGUUUAGCCUAUCGUUUGUAUUAAAAAAGAGUUAAGAGUAAUAUUAUUAUUUUGAAUUGAAU